AUGCGCCAAUCACUGAGCCUCCUGGCGGCUGUUUCCCGCAAUCAGCCUUCAAAGCUGAAGAAACCAGCCAUCAGUCUGGACCAUUUCAUCCAAAGACAAAGAGUUCUGGCAUUUUGGCGUGAAAUUGUCAGAGCCUUGCACAAAAUUCCGCCCUCAUCAACGCGUGAUGAGCUGCGCUCGUAUGCUCGGCGAGAGUUUGAGCGACAUCGCGAGGUAUCAGACCUGGUAGGCCUCCCUUCCUCUCGACAGAGUUGUCUGGUGAAUGAGAUUGCUAACCUAGGCCUUGGCAGUCUCACAUACGCUACUUGCUAUCGGUGGAAGGCAGAAUUCGAGACUAUGAGACGGUAUCUCGAUGAGCAGAUUGCUGGAUGA